CUCCCUUCUCGAUCUCUCACAGUUUCUUUCUUCCUUCAUCUAUCUCAUCCUCCUCACCUCAGUUUUGUGCUUGCUAUCUCCACCUUUUCACUUUCAUUUACUACGUACUGGAGAAGACAAGAGAAGAGUGGUUACUGAUCACUACUUACCAACUAUUGAUAUCUGAUGAUUAUUAUAGCCAGUCACUGUCAGACAGCCUCGCUAUCUAAUCUAAUCUAUAAUGGUGGUGGUGAUGCAGCAGCAGCAGCAGCUGAAUUAAUCAACGCAGAUCAGUUGGUUUGGCGGAGAGGUUAAUAUAUAUUUUAUUGCAACGAUGGAGGCGACGUCAAGCAGUGUGCCGCCGGGGUUCCGCUUCCACCCGACGGAUGCCGAGCUGGUGGGAUAUUACCUGCGCAAGAAAGUUGCAUCCCACAAGAUUGAUCUCAACGUCAUCCGCGACAUCGAUCUAUACAGCAUCCAACCCUGGGAUCUCCAAGUGAGGUGCAGAAUAGGAUAUGAGGACCAACACGAGUGGUACUUCUUCAGCCACAAAGAUAAAAAGUACCCUACUGGGACUAGGACUAACAGAGCUACAAUUGCUGGGUUCUGGAAAGCAACUGGGCGGGACAAAGCAAUUUAUGACAAAGCAAAGUUGAUUGGGAUGAGGAAAACCCUUGUUUUCUACAAAGGGAGAGCACCCAACGGCCAAAAAACUGAUUGGAUCAUGCACGAGUACCGCCUUGAAUCUCACCAUAAUGCUCCUCCCCAGGCAAAAGGAUGGGUUGUAUGCCGGGCAUUCAAGAAGAGGAUCACCAACGACUGCCACAACAGUAAGAGCAUUAUUCAAGCUGGGUGGGACUCUACCUCCUUCUACGAUGAAUCCACCUCAUCAGCCGUCGAUCCGAAUAUUGAGAAUUACACCUCACCGCAGCCGGUGCCUCACCAUCCUCUCCACCGCCACCGCCAUCGCCAUCGCAUGUUCUUGGCAGCAGGACAAGGCAACAGUAGCUUCUUCUGCAAGCAAGAAGAGAUCGUCAACAACGAUCAAUCAGAAAACAACAACAACAGCAACCUAAUUAUUUGCAGUAGUAGUAACGCUUUACUGACUUCCACGGAAAGCUUCUUACACGAUCUUCCUCAACUGGAGAGCCCUUCGGUGCCGUUGAUGAAGCGCCCGCAGCUUGCCCCCUCACCACCGCCGGCUGACAACAAAGGCCCAAACAAUAUCAGUAAUUACAAUGAUAAUGGCAAUAGUGGAAAUUAUACUAGUAACUACAGUAACAAUAAUGACGACAGCGGCCAGCUGGAAGAGCAGGUGCUAGUGAUGGAAAACAGCAACAGCGGCGGCAAAGUGACGGAUUGGCGUGCGCUUGACAAGUUCGUUGCCUCUCAGUUGAUGAGCCAGGAGGAGAGAUAUGAUAUUGAUGAUAAUGAAGAACAAACUGCUGACGCCGGUUUGGACUUGCCGCCAUUGCAAAGUGGGAAGGAACAAGGCAAUAAGUUUGGGAUGAGCAGUGGGUUCUUGAGCUCCUCCUCGGAUUGUGAUUUUGGGAUAUGCAUAUUUGAGAAAUGAAGCGUAUUAUUCAUUAGGGUUUGGCAUAUGUGGGAGCUCUUAUAAUUUUUUUUUUGGGUUUCUUAUAAGUAUUAUUGAUGUGACUUUUGUAUAAAGGGUAUAAUGUGUGUUAAAUUUGUUUGUGAUGGUAAUACACCAUUGAUUCUACAAUAUGAAUAAAAUGUUUAAAAUAAA